CGGUUUGUCAGUGUCUCUUCGUGGUAAGUUCCUAAUAGACGUUAACGCUGGAUUGAUAAAAGUAUAUCAUAUCGCGAAGUGCGUGUUUUUAAUAAAAACCUUAAAUCUAAAACAAUUUAAGAAUGGAUAAUUUACCGGUAACUAUUACUACAUCGAGCGGUAAUAAGAAACCAAUGUCACGUUCGUUUUUAAUCGAUUCUUUAAUUGGAGGUGGAAAUGGCGUUAAACAUCCCUGUGCAGUAACAAGUGCUAGUAACAAAGUUGAAUCUUCCAUUUUGCCGUAUCAUCCACAACUUGGUGAAUACCUACACUUUCUGAACCAAACAGCAGCAGCUGUAUAUCGGUAUCAACAACAACAACCUACUUUAAUCACGUCUAGAUCAAUGACACCAUUACUUGGAGAGUUUUCGACAGUAACUAAGUUUAGAGACGCAAACAGUUUGAUGUAUGAUCGACAAGUAAAUAAUAAUUUAGUAAGACCUGUACCACUAGUAAUGCACAAAGCAAAACAUCAAGCCAAAAUUCAACGAAUUGCUGUUUCCAAAAAAAGGGUGGCAGAAAAAGCACCAGUAAAAACAGAGUGUCCAUCAAUAGAUCCAUUGAGGGAAUCCGAUUUUGAAAGUGAUACUGAUUCUGGUAGUUCUAAGCGAAUUAGAACUGCUUUUACUAGUAAUCAAUUGCUCGAGCUAGAACGAGAAUUCUCUAGUAAUAUGUACCUAUCUCGAUUAAGGCGUAUUGAGAUUGCCAACUGCUUACGAUUAUCUGAAAAGCAAGUAAAAAUAUGGUUUCAAAAUAGACGAGUUAAGCAAAAGAAAGAAGAUGGAUCAAAUUCAACAACAACCAACAGAUCUUGUUGUAGCUGUCCUAAAUCAAACCACCACAUUCCAAAUAUUUCAAAUAGUACUCUUUGUCAAAAAAGAGAUAGUCUAGGGGACUACAUCCAUGAUAGUGACAGCUAAUACUACAAAUAAAAAUAUUGAAAUUUGACUUCAAUAUUAUUUAGGGAUAGAAUGUUAAAAGUUUCAUUCUAAUGUGUCGAAUAAAUUUUAUAAUUCACAUAAACUUAUUUAUAAGAAUAUUAACUUUAUACCCAGGCAUCGUUUAUUCAAUUGAGUGUAUUAUUUUUUACAUAAAAUAAGGUGUUAAUUUAUUGUUGAAUGAAUAUUACCAACUAUUACAAAAAACCGAAUAAUUUUUUUUUACUUUUUGUACAACGUGUACAUUUUUUACCGUCCUUAUGAAUUAUUUCAUAAUGCAAAUGUAAAAUAAUUAUAGAACUAAGUUUCUUAAAAUGUAUAGAUAUAGUAAUUCCUUAAUUUUGUUAUCACAUAUUUUAUCAUUUUUAAUGUAUAUACUUUAUACAAUACUACUAUUUUACUAAUAUGCA